AUGUCAUCGACAUCUGCGCAAAUGGUGCACCCUGUCGCCAUCAUCGGCGGCGGUCCAGUCGGUCUCAGUGCAAGCAUUCUGCUCUCGCUUCGCAAGAUUCCGCACAUCCUGCUCGAGCGACACACGGGGACGUCCAUUCACCCCAAAGCGUGCGGCAUUAAUCAACGAACCACUGAGAUAUUCCGCUUGAUGGGCAUAUAUGACAAACUUCGAGAAUCUGCGUGCCCUGAUGAUAUCAAAAGUCGCACAGCUUGGUAUACAAGUCUCGGGACUGACGGUGACAAUUCUAUCGACGGCCGCGAGAUCUGGAGCCGAGAUGCAUGGGGCGGUGGGCCUGAUGCCAAGGACUACGAGAGGCACAGCCCAGCGCGAUACGAAAUUCUUCCGCAAAUACGCCUGGAGCCGUUGCUCGUCGAUAGGGCCAAAGAGCUCAGCCCCGAGAGUCUAGAAUUUGGGUCCGAAGUCACGGAUCUGGAAGAGCGGGGUAGCUGUGUCGCCCUCAAAGUAUUGCAGAGGGGCACCGGCGUCACGAAGGAAGUCCUCGCGCGCUUCGUGAUAGCAGCCGACGGAGGGCGCGGUGUCACAGACAAGCUGGGGAUCGACUGGACUGGAGAGCGUGAUAUCCUUGAGAUGGUAUCCGUGCACUUCCGCGCGCGGCUUCGCGAGCGGCAUCCGGACCCCAGGAACUUUAUAACAUGGUUCUCACAUCCUGACGCUGGGGGCAGCAUCCGCACAGGGUAUUUGUAUCAGAUUGGCCCAUGGCCCUUUAAUAGCCCGGAAGCGAAAGCGAGUGAGGAAUGGGUCUUUGCACGCGCUCGGGCUGCAAAUGAUCCCGGGAGCUUCGACCGGGACGCGAUGCUCAAGAGGCUGAAGGAUACCUUAAAGGUUGGCGAAAUUCCUAUGGACAUUAUAAGCCUCAGUCAUUGGAACGUCCAAGCUAUAUCGGCGAAAACCUAUAGGAAGGGCCGCGUGUUCCUAGCCGGUGAUGCCGCGCAUAAAAUCCCUCCAUGGGGAGCACUCGGUAUGAAUACCGGAAUCCAAGAUGUCCAGAAUCUUGUCUGGAAGCUCCAAAUGGCGUUGAAGGAUGAGAAGAAGUAUAAUUCUUUACUAUCAAGUUACGAUACUGAAAGACGGCCGGUGGGAGAGAGGGUCGGGCAAUCCAGUCUGCAUAACUUGCGCAGCCACGCCCUAAUCAUGGACGCAGCCCUCGGGAUGAGCCCGGAAAAGUCCACAGACGAGAAUCGCACGUCCAUUAUGGCAUACUUUAAUUCUGCUCAUCCAAAUCAUGCGAUGAAGAGACAGGCAGUCGAGGAUGCCUCCAAAGUGUUAGAUCUGGAAUUCAAGGCACCUGGUGCGGAAAUAGGCUGGUUCUACCGUGGGGUUGGUGGUGCAACUGAUGCAGACCACGCACCGCAUCUUUUAGAAGAUGGGAGCCUUAACUCUGGAGUUGUCAUACCAUCGACUGUGCCGGGUCAUAAUCUUCCCCAUGUUUGGAUUUAUAGAAACGGUCAGAAACUGGCCGUCCGGGACCUUAUUCCGCUGGACAAGUUCUUGUUAUUGGUCGACAAUCGGCCGGACUGGGAACUUCUAGAUUCUAAUUUGUUGCAUAUCCAAAGAGUCACAAGUUCCGGUGGAGUUGAUGGCUGGGCAGAACCUACGCAAGAAUGGACGAGAUUACUUGGCGGUAAUGAAGCGGUCCUCGUGAGGCCAGACGGUAUUUUUGCCUGGCGCGGAUCAUGGCAGAGCUCACUUCCUCAUGUUUGGCCAGGGAUCUUGGAACGAGCUUUGUAUAUCAUCGGCUAG